AUCUUUAGAAGUUUAUAUAGCUGUUACUUGGAAUCCAUCUUCUUUUCUUCAUCAAUUCUUUGUACUUGCAGCUAUGCAUGUCGGAGUGCUAGCGCUCUGUGCGGCUUCUCUGUCGUACACGGCUUUUGCUCAUAGCAAACAUCAACACGAACCCAUUUCUCAAGAGAAUCUGGAUCUUUUAGAGCAAAAAUGGGGGACUGAUUGGGGAUUUUCGGGUGUCUCGACCUUCGCGCACCUGCCGCACGUGAGAUGCUUGACCAAUCCUCAAACGGCUUUUGAUAUUGCGGUCAUUGGAGCUCCUUUUGAUACUGCUGUGAGCUAUAGACCAGGUGCUCGUUUUGGACCGCGCGCCAUUCGCGCGGGGUCUGCACGCCAGACCUCAUUCCGUGGCUUCAACCCUCGCGCAGGCAUGAAUCCUUAUACGUCAUGGGCUUCGAUUAUCGACUGCGGUGAUAUACCCAUCACUCCCUUCGACAAUGGUCUCGCCCUCCGUCAGAUGAGUGAGGCUUUCAUCGAGCUUGGAAAGCGGUCUCCUUCGGAGGAGUCCAUUGCCUCAUCAUCUACUUACCGCAGCAAGUCAAAGUUGCUCACACUCGGUGGUGAUCACAGUAUUGCUCUGCCCGCUCUCAGGGCUCUAAAAAGAAUUCAUGGCCAGCCAAUUGCCGUGGUUCAUUUUGACGCUCACCUCGACACAUGGCAUCCCGCCAAAUAUCCUUCUGCUUGGAUCGAUCCUGAAGACGAAGGGACGCAAUCCUUCUUCAACCAUGGAAGCAUGUUCUGGAUUGCCUCCACCGAGGGCCUCAUCGCCAACGGCUCUUCCGUGCACGCGGGUCUUCGCACGAGGCUUUCUGGAGACGAGCCUGUCGACUGGGAAGACGAUGCGGCACAGGGGUGGCGCCGCAUCACGAGCGACGACAUCGAUGAUAUUGGUACCAAGGGUGUCAUCGAAUCGAUUCUCGAGAAUGUCGGCACCGAAAUGCCCGUCUACCUGUCGAUUGACAUUGAUGUUAUUGACCCUGGCUUUGCGCCUGGUACUGGCACACCUGAGCCUGGUGGAUGGACCACUCGCGAGCUCAUCAGGAUUCUGCGCGGAAUCGAGGGGCUAAAUGUUGUAGGUGCGGAUAUCGUCGAGGUCAGCCCUAGUUAUGACGGUAGUGGUGAGACGACUGCCCUGGCGGCUGCUCAAGUUGGAUAUGAAAUCUUGACCAGUAUGGUUAAAAGAGGGUUAAUGGACCAAGGCAAGGUAAAGCCUGCGGGGAAAGAGGGGAAAGGGAAGGAUGAGUUGUAAGCUGCACAGUCUCAUGAGUUGUAAACAAGUAGAGAUAAAGCGACCACGAUCUAACGAGAGAAUAUAACGUCCGUCACCAUAAAGCGAUAUUCACCGCCUUAGGAGAUAAUGAACAUAGUACACAGUAGAAGAAGAAAGCUAGUUGAGAUACUUGUAGUAUGUAUACGCUCCAAGACCCUUUCACUCAUAUCCAGGAUUUAGACAUGUAGCUAGACAAGGAGCAUUCCAUGGCGACUGCUUGUAUCCUUCCCCAUAUCGCUAGACAGUGGACCUCGCUUGACGGUGGCGGACGUUACAUGUAGAAAUGACCGACGUUAUCGGGAGUGAAAACUCUGGAAUGAAGGAAUAC